GUGCGCUCUCACUCUCUCUCUCUCUCUCUCUCAUUCUCGAACGCUCGGUCGUUUUCGCGCGCGCGCAGACACACACACACACACACACACGUACACGCCAGAAGUUCUCGUGUGGCUGCAGCGCUCGCGCUCGUCAGUGAGCUUCACUCGUGAGAGGAUUAUGUUGUUUGACAGAAUGGAUUAGGAGUGAAAAAACUUUGUGUGUGUUUUUUUUGAGGAAUAAGAAAAAGAAGGAGAAGGAGAGAGAGGGGGGGGGGACGGAGUACAAAUGUUCUGGAUAAUUAUUCUGGACUUUGCUCACCCGUGUGUGUCUGCUGUCUAACACUUUUCAUGGUACUUCAUAUCAGUUAGACAUCAGAUAUCAGAUGGUCGAUUUGGAGCGUUUUUUCCCGUUAAAACUCUUAACCACCAUAAAGUGUGUAAACCUUUAAACUUUUAUAUUCGUUUUUUUUUUUUUUUUUUUUUUUUAAUUUUUUAUUAUUUUUUUAACGAUGGACUUUCUCUAUAAAGUCUUAAAUUUUUCUACUUUUGUCAGCGUCCUCCAGGUACUCGGUGACCAGGCUGUACCGUCCAAGCAUCCAGGCCUGGAUGUGCUGGCCACAGCGUCACACUACUGGCCCCUGGAUGAUGUAGACGGGAUCCGCAGCCUGAGGGACCAGAUUGGGAAUAGAACAGCACUCAGAAUCCACAACCACACUGUCCUGCCUGCCCAUAACUCUUCCUCUGUGUACACCAAUGACUCCGCCUACACUAAUAUUUCCGUCUCUGUAGACAUCGUAGAAGGAGUGGUGAACAAAGGCAUCUAUCUGAACGGAGACCGCGGGGCCACCUUCCUCCACUUCGGCAACUACAAGAACUCGUGCAUCAGCGACCCCACUCUGUGUGGACCACAAGGGAUCACGUUCUCCUUCUUCUGGAAGAACCAGGAGUCGCAUUCGCGCUUCGCUGUGAUGUCAGGAGGGAAGAUCAUCUCCAACGGCUUCUCGGUCUACACCAACCCCUUGGGAGGAUAUGUGGAGUUCUACACCAGACGAAACUCUCAACGCUGGAAAGCAAACAUUAACCUGCCAGGACCUUUCUGGACGCACAUCCUGUUCACGUGGACCCUUAAAGACGGCCUGAAGAUCUACAUCAACGGCACGUUCGGCAUCGGCGACCCGAAAGGCGACGUGUCGCAGAAUUACGGCAAUACGUACGCGGAUUUGGUGAUCGGGACGGGAUCCAGCCACUCGUACGGGCACUACGUCACCGCGUCCUUUGAUGAGUUUGUCAUUUGGGAGCGAGCGCUUUCAGCCAAAGAGAUCUGGCUCUACUAUAAAGCUGCCAUAGGCGAAGACGUGGUUUAUCCCCCGACUACCGAGUCUCCGUCUUCCGUCCGCGCCACGACAGACGCCCUUCUGCAGGAAACAGCAGCAUCACCCCACAGCACUGUCUCUAACUUCACAGAGAUUCAUGACUCAGUGUCCAUGUCUCUGCAAGGCUUCCUCCAGUCUUCCUUCAUUCUGCCCAAUAGGACUAUUCCUAAGGACACGGCUCACAAUCUGACACAGUCAUUUCUGAAGAGCGUCGACGAAGUGAUAUCCUCCAGUAGCUGGCGAGAAGACGAGGAGUCGACUCCUGUAAUCAGUGGACUCAUAGACACAGUGGACAAAGUUAUGGGGCACAUGGUGUCCAACCUCGAGGCUAAACCGAAUUCUCUUGUCGCUUUUGGUGGAAAGAGCUAUGUUGCAGAUUACGCCCUGAUGAAGAUCCCGCAGAGUUAUAACAUGCAGAACUACAGAUUCCCAACACAAGGCAAGAACUACAUCUCAGUGCCAGGAGAGGCCUUCGCUACAGAAUCCCAGACCACAAUCGUAGGCCUUUUCUACCACAGCAUGCACAACCACUACAAGCAGAUCAGCCCUCUGAGAACAAGGAUCGACGAGGCGGCGGGAUUUAAGGACCAUAAGAUCCAGGUGGCCAGCUAUCUGAUCUCCCUGAAGGUGGAGCCCUCUCCUGCCCUCUCGGUCAACCUGUCGUCAGAGCCACUGAUCAGAAUCAUGCUAACGCACCAACUGAGCAAAGAGCAACAACUUCAGGCCAUGAACGAGAGCAACAAGGUCUUCCUCUACUGUGCCUUCCUGGAUUACAGCUCCAAGGAAGGCGUAUGGUCCGACAACGGCUGUCUGAGAGCCGGAGGGAACCUUUCCUACUCUGUCUGCGUGUGCAACCACCUGACUAACUUUGCCAUCCUCAUGCAGGUGGUUCCUGUGGAGCUCUCUAAGAGCCAUCAGGUGGCGCUCUCCACUAUUACCUAUGUGGGUUGUUCCAUCUCCAUCUUCUGUCUGGCCAUCACCCUGGUCACCUUCGCUGUACUCUCGUCUGUGAGCACCAUCCGGAACCAGCGCUAUCACAUCCAUGCUAACUUGUCCUUUGCCAUCCUGGUGGCCCAGAUCCUUCUGCUCAUCAGCUUCCGCUUCGAACCCGGGACGUUGCCCUGUAAGGUGAUGGCGGUGCUCCUUCACUUCUUCUUCCUGUGUGCGUUCGCCUGGAUGCUGGUGGAGGGGCUUCAUCUCUACAGCAUGGUGAUCAAAGUGUUCGGCUCCGAGGGCAGCAAACACUUCUACUACUACGGCAUCGGCUGGGGGUCCCCGGUGGUCAUAUGCGUUGUGUCCAUAACAUCAUCUCUGAGCAGUUACGGAGAAGACGGAAACUGCUGGCUGUCUCUGAAGAACGGCGCUGUUUGGGCGUUCGUGGCUCCGGCUCUGUUCGUCAUUAUGGUGAAUAUCGGGAUCCUCAUCGCUGUGACCAGGAUCAUCUCCAGAAUCAGCGCAGAGAACUACAAAGUGCAGGGAGACGCUAACUCGGUCAAGCUCACUGCUAAAGCAGUAGCAGUCCUCUUGCCUAUCCUGGGCAUCUCGUGGACCUUCGGCGUUUUGGCCGUGAACGAUCAGUCCUUCCUCUUCCAGUACAUGUUUGCAGUUUUCAACUCUCUGCAGGGCUUCUUCAUCUUCCUCUUCCACUGUCUGCUAAACUCGGAGGUCAGAGCUGCCUUCAAGCACAAGACCAAAGUGUGGUCUCUGACCAGCAGCUCCAUCCGCAACAUCAACGUUAAGCCUUUCAAUUCAGACAUCAUGAACGGAAACAGAGGGGGCGUGAGCCCGACAAGGAUGAACACGUGGGACAAAAGCACCAACUCAGCUAACCGCAUCGACCUGUCGGCGCUCUAAGAGUCAACGGACAAUGGCUACUGAACACGAACGAUCCACGAACGCGCAGUGAAAGUCGUACUCCUCCUCAGACACACCGGCUGACUUAGCCACCGUUCCUUUUCACGACGACUCGGCGGUUUGACCACGUCCUUAACGCGACCGGGGCGAAGAAAAGACCACGGCUAGUAGCCCCGACAUGUACCGACGUCACCCUUUCUCACUGACACCACUCGCUUCACCAAGACAGACUAGAGUUCAGAGCCAUAUAGUAAAACACGUCACAGAUGAAAACACAAGACUCGUGUUGGAUAACGUAAUCCCUUGUUCGGCGUCCCACGUCAAAGCGUCCUCCUCGUAACUCCGGUAGCUGCUGGAUUCCUACUGCUGUCUGUGACUCGACACUAAACUGUGACACGGGAUGCGUCUCGCCCGAGGACGAGGCCUUCUUCUGAUAUCUGAUUUAGUCGGAAUGAAAAUCAGGCCCGGGUUACACGUGAGCCAUGUAGUACUUUUCCAUUACCAAGGCGCGCGAGCGCUCAGCUGGCGAGAUCGCGCGGCCGCAGCGGAAGCCGUCCCCCGACGAGGAACCGAAUACACGCGUAGGGUUCCGCCGCCGUAUUUCCUCACAGAUAUCGUGCUGUAAUGUUGUCCUCUUCCUACAGAUACUUUAUAUAAAUUAUUGCCGUGACGUCGCUUUCACAGAUAUCUACUGUUUCGUGCGGACGAGACGGUUUCACGCGAAUACCCACGAAGCCAUUUCGACAUCACAGAGCGAUUAGCGCUACUAAUCGCGCGAAUUUGGCCUGUAAGCAGAGCAGAUCCGUCAGUCAAGAUCGGCAUCGGCUUUUGUACCAAACGUCGCUCGUAAACGAAACGUCCGCACGGAGGUCGUUCCUUUAAACUAUAAUGCUGUAGUUGUUUUCUUGUAGCAUAAAUAUUUAAGGUGUAUAAUGACGUAAUUGUGCCUUUGUGACGUCUUUCUUCCUUUCUUUCUUCAUUUGGACUUCUCGAACCCAUUCUCUCCCUAUUCUUGUUUCCUUUCUUUAAAUAUAUAUAUAUAUAGACGGUUUGUGCGUCUCUCAUUCGUUCAACCGCGAUAACCGGACCGACGGCGAUCGGCGAACGCGCUCUAGAGUACGCGUGCGCUACCGAAGAGAUCUCUCUUCGUUCCAAGAGAUCUCUCUUCACAGCUCGUUAUUUUCCCGUUAUUUCAUCCAUGGCCGUGAAUCCCAAAGUGACCGUGUCACUUCCUUCUCAGUUCUGAUAGACCGCGAUCGUGACGCGGCCGGGGUCCGUGCACGGACACCGAUACGCCGGACGCUGUCUAUAAGGGAAAAUAUUUCGGAAGGUUCUUUUAAAAAUCAUUUAAAAAAAGCAAGAAGAGACUCCGAAGAUGUAGGACUGAUGAGUACGGAGUAUAACGCUGAGGAUGAAGCGAUGUACAGCGCAUUAAGAUGGAAAAGAAAAAAAAAACAAAAACAACCCCGUCUUUAUGUUUUGCAUUUUCAUACGAUUAACAAUGUGAGACUGUGUAUUCUGCGAAGUGUUUCGUCCCUUGCUGCCGGCGUGGAGGCCGUUAGAAACGACAGUAGUGACGCUUUUCGGGGUCACACGGCACACGUCGUGGCAGAGAAGGUGAGACGAAAGUCUUUAUUUAUGCCGAUGUCAAAAUAAAACUCCAAUAUACUGUCA